CUGUCACUUUUGUAACAACAAUCUGGCGCUGCGCUUUGUAUGGACCAUAACAACGAUCGGUUUGUAGAGUGGCGUCAUUCAUUUCCAUGCGGUGACAACAUGAAUCGCUCAGAGUCAGAAGGGGUGGACGCUGCUGGUCCCGACCCAGAGCAGAGUCCUAAACCCGAGCUUUCUGCAGCGAUGCGGGCUAAAAUCGAGAGGAACCGGCAGCGCGCGUUGAUGCUCCGGCAAGCUCGACUCGCGAGCCGCCCUUUGUCUGCUGUGGAGGGCGCAACCUCGGCCAAAGUCUCCAAGACCAUCGACUCCGGAGCCGGGUUUUUCAUCGACGAGGAGGAGGACGGAGAGGAAGAGCAGAAAGCCAGGAAGGUGGUGCAUCAGCCAGCUCCGGUGAUUGAGCCAGACUACUUGGUGUGUGAUGAAUGUGAAAAACCCUUUAUGGACUCCUACCUCAGCAACAGCUUUGACCUGUCUGUGUGUGACAAGUGCAGAGACAAUGAGGAGAAGCACAAGCUGAUCUCCAGAACUGAGGCCAUGCAGCACUACCUGCUGAAGAACUGUGACCUGGAUAAGCGAGAGCCUCCGCUCAGGUUUAUACUGAAGAAAAACCCUCACAACCCACGCUGGGGAGAUAUGAAGCUCUACCUCAAACUACAGGUGGAGAAGAGAUGUAUGGAGGUGUGGGGUUCGGAGGAGGCUCUCGAGGAGGCCAGGGAGACGAGGGAAGAGAAUAGAGAGGUGCAGAAACAAAAACGCUUCAACAAGAAGGUCAAAGAGCUGCGCAGGGCGGUGAGGAGUAGCAUGUGGACCAAAGACACCAGCGUUCACCAACAUCAGUAUGGACCGGAGGAGGUGGUAGAUCCAGAGGAGGACCUCUACAAGAAAACCUGCACCACCUGCGGACAUGAACUCAACUAUGAGAAAAUGUAGACACACACACACAAUGUUACAGUUGACAAGGAGAAGAUGUUUGGUGCUUCUGUGGAGACCCUUGCCUCUCACAAACUCUCCACUACUAUUUUUUUGUUAUUAUAUAAAUAUAUAUAAAACACUCCAUCUUGAUCAUUUACUGGGGGCCAAAAUCACUCUGUGUGACACAGAGACUUUUUAGGUCAGUAGUAAUAGUAUUUUAAAUGGCUGUCCCUCACCUCAGCGUAAACGUUGAUUCUGUAUUGCGGUAGAUUAUAUGCCUGUUGCCUCUUUUCCUGUUAGGAAUUCCCUUCUAUGUUGGGCAAAUGAAGGGAGGCAUGAUAUUGAAAUCUGAACGAAACAGUGAAUUGUGGGGCAAUUUUCUCUUUAUUAUUGAAACAGAUAUUAGCAUUAAGAUUAAAACUCUUCACUCACUUCUCAUCACUGUUUGUGGCCUUAUUCACUCUGACUGUAUUAGGUUAUAAAGGAUAUGGUGGUUUAAUUGGCCGUUAUUAGGGACCAUCUCACCAUGCAUUCUAUAACAUCAACUUCUAAAUUAUAAUAUAAGACAUUCAGCUAUCAUCUGUCAUUGGACAAAGAUCUAGUGGUGCAUAGAUCUCAGUCUGGGCUGAAGCGUGUGAUUUCAGACUAAUAAAUAUUGGUUUCUGUGAAUAAAUGUUUGAUACCAUUUGUUAUCAAGUAAAGACACAGGAUGUCAUUGUCCAGAUAUUCACUUGGUGAUGAUAAAGGAACAGUGUUGUGGGUUUUCUCAGGGGUUAUUUAGAUCAUCUAUUCAAGACUGAGAUUGAAAAUAAAC